AUGCUAUUUGAUAAAUACAGAAAGAAGCCGAAUACAACCAAUGAUAAAAAAAAAUCAAGUUUAGCGAAUAGUAUCUUGAAGAGAUUUCCAAUCAACCUCACCUCCUCCAGGAAGCUCAAAAAGCAGGACGAAAAACUCAAUGUGAUAAAUCAACCAAGACCGUCAGUAUCAUUGCCAAACAUUACGGCUAUUGAGCUACAUGUUGAUUCACCUAUCAUCACUUCCAAAGCACCACUUCAAUCAGUUCAUCCUUCUCUCCCUCAAAUUACCCCUUCGGCGUCGCACAAAGAAAGUGCGUCCAUGGCAAGACAAAGAAAGCGGCAUUCAGCAGAGCAGCGUAAGAGGCGUCAUCAUCUGGUCUCUAUCCAAGACGUUCACAGACACUCUUUCACAUUUGGUCAUUUACCAUCCAACAAAUCCAACAAACUCACGAUGGCUGAACUGUCCUUAACUGCCGCUCAAUUGGCGAAAUUGGACAAGUUGGUAGGACUACAGGAUAACACUGAUGCGUUACUGGCUCAAUUAGGCACAACACAACCUCCUUUACUUGUCCCACAUAGAUCCAUCAGUCACCAGCACCUACAGAUCCCUCUACAACAGCCGCAUCAAAAACUCAAUCGCACACAUUCCGAAUCGCAUGCCAAAACGAUGGAAAGAGAGGCCGAUCCCAUUGAACCAGAUGAAUUGAUUGAGCUUCUUACUACUGAACAGCAAGGCCAGGGCCCGUUAGUGACACUCAUUGAUGUUCGAAAUAUCAUGGAAUACCAAAAAUGCCGUAUCAAGGGCUCUUUGAACGUUAAUCUGCCUUCGUUGCUCAUCAAACGAUAUCAACGAGGUACGGUUUCAAACUUCAACUUGGAAAACUUUAUUACAACUCCCGAAGGUCGAGACAUGUAUCUCUCCAAAAAGCAACAAGCAUCAUUACCCAAAUUUUCUACUAUUCUUGAGCAAAAAGCCAUGGAAGCAGAGCAGAAAAAGAAGAGUAAGCCAAUCUGGAUCGUGUACGAUUAUGAAAUGUCAGAGGACGAUCAAACAUCGCAUGCUUGGACACUUCUCAACGUAUUGGAAAGACUCGUUGGAGCUGACAAGAAGAAUCCAGGAAAAGUGUAUUAUUUAUGCGGCGGCUUUCAAUCCUUUCUUCAGUGUCAGGAUUGGCUCGAAUCAUCUCAAUGGCAACAAUCUUCUUUACCCCCUAAUAUCCCUUCGACAAAUAGUGCUGGCACUAUUACUACUAAACAGAACAAUAUACCGAGACGCUCUAUCAGUUAUACCAUUGGAGAAUCGAAAACAGAUCUACACAAGAGAACAAGUUUAUUCAGUCUAGAUACACAAGCUGCCCGAGUAAAUAAUGCAAAUGCGCUGGCGCGAAGAGCAAAAAGAAGAUCUCAUCAACAAGCACAAGAUACCACCUCAUUUCAACCUCAUGCUGCCAUCCAUGCUACCGCGACAUCUACCACUAACGGCAUCCAUCUCGAUACCAAUAUGGCUGCCCCUUCAGACAGCAAUCCUCUUUUAAACCGUGUGGCAGAGGACGAUGAAGUCAUGACAGCAGAUUGCUCUCCACGUACUGAAUCAGAUUUUGGAUUUGUUAUUUCAGAAAUCAUACCUGGAUUCUUGUUUGUGGGCCCAGAAAUUGAAACGUCAGAACAAGCAGAUCAAUUGAUACAAGAACGCCAUAUCAAGCGCGUACUCAAUAUGGCGGAAGAAUGCCAAGAUGAAGGCUUGAGUCAACGUUCAGUUCAUUAUCAUAAAAUAGCAGCUCGUGAUACCUUGGAGAUGAAGAAUAUCGAGCUUGUCAUGAUGGAAGCUGUGCAAUUUAUAGAGGAGGCAAAGAGAAAUCAUGAACCUAUUUAUGUACAUUGCAAGGCUGGUAAAUCACGUUCUAUCACAGCUAUCUUGGCUUACUUGGUCACUUCGGAACGAUGGACACUCAAGAGGGCAUACCGCCAUGUCAUCAAAGCACGACCCAAUAUGUCUCCUAACAUUGGUUUUAUAUCUGAACUCAUGAAGAUGGAGGCACAAGUGCAUGGCCGUGUGAGCAGCUUUUUAGAAUCUGACUGGCAAUCUACGUCUUUACCGAGCCCUGAAUACGCAAAUGAAUUGUUUCAAUUAGAAAAGGCCUGGCAAACUGCGGCACAAGUGUGA